AUGCAUUUUAAUAGUUUCUAUGAGCCCUUUAAGGCCAUUGAAGGCCCAACCCGGCCCCCGCGGGGCUGCCCCAGCCCCGCAGCGCCCUCCCCUCCUCCGGGCCAAGGCGUGCCCAGAAAGGGACGGGAGCGCGCCCCUCGGCUGUCGCUCAGGCUUGGCAGAGGGGCGAGGAAGAAAGAACCAGCGUCGUCAGCCGCCCUCUCGCCCCACAGCAGCAGCGAGGUGGGCACCCACCGUGCUCAAAGGCGGACAGUGCCAGGGCGAGGGGCGUCGCUCCGUCUGCAAAGCCCGACUGGCAGCGAGGCAAAGGAACGCCGCCCUUGGGGUCGCCGCCCUGCGGGUGGUGACCGGCGGCGACGGGUGACCAUGACAACCCGAGGCGCAGCCCGACGCCGCCUCCGCCUCCAGGAGUCGCUCACCUGGGGGCUCCCGGUCGAGCCCGGAGAAACCACGGAGGAGAACGCGGCUGGGAGGCCAGACGACGGGGCCCCGAAAAGGCGGGUUCCGGGCUGGAGAGGGAGCGCGAGGGCGGCGGUCUGGGCUCGGCGGCGGUCCUGCCUCCUGCCCUCAGCGCGUCAAUCCAUCAGCCCGUCAGUCCGUCCUUCCUCGCGUCUGCCCCUCCCGGAGCCGGCUACCGCUCGGCUCAGCCUCUCGCACACUGCGGUUGUCAAGCGGCGCCGGAGCCAAGCACCAGCCCCGAGCCGCAGCCAAUCGGCGCGCUUCCCCGAGGCGCCUCAGGACCCCGCAGAGCGGGGCGGCCAGGCAGGUGCCUGCGCCGAAGGGAGAGUAGGCUGGGCGGGCCCCAACCCGGGGCGCGGUGGGGACAGGCCUGGUGGGCCGGCUCCCUGCUAGCGCUCAAAGGAGCAGCUGGACUCGGAGGAAGACGGCGCGGCGACUGCGUGAGAGACCGGCAGCUGGGACGCAGACCCUUUGGCGGUCG